AUGAACGAUCUAAAGGAGAAGAUGGAAUUCGAUCAAAGUAGGAAAUGUUCAUGUCCGGAGCCAGUCAUUGGGCCCCUUGACAUGAACAAUCGUCAGAGACAGAAAAGGGAAUAUUUGGAAUGGGAAAGACAAGAAAACAAAAUGGCGGAACCAAUAACACUGUGUUCAGCUAUGUCCCCAAUACGAUACCUGGGAUCUGGAAUAACUGUGGAGCCUCUACACGUUGUUCGCCUUGUGGGAAUUGAGGUAGAUUCUACGUUACAAAUGAAUAAAGAGGUUAGAGUAACGCUUACUUCCAGACAUUCUCUAGGUCACAUUUAUAUCGAACUUUGCAAAAUAACAGAUUCACUGCACAUAGAGGGCAAUAAAAGUGGUCACGUUUCAAUACAAACAGGAAAUAUGGACGAUAUGAAUAGCGCCCUCUCACAUCUAAUCUACAAUAGUAAAUAUCAUCAUAUAAGGCAGAGAGAUUACAUUGACGUUUCCAUGCAUAAUUUUCAUAUCGUCAUUAAUAUUCUGAUCCAGAGAAGUCAUGUACCCAGACUUUAUGAUCCAGGACCUUAUAAUGACAUCAGUGGGAAAGUCACUGUUGUAUCCAAGACAUUUGAACGGUAUGAAUGUGUUAAGAGACUUAUUUCAAGUGUCAACACAUUCUAUCCCAACGUAACAAUACUAGUUGCAGAUGAUUCUCGGGAAAAACAAAAACUUGAUGGAAACAAUUUGAAACAUUUUCUGAUGCCUUUUUUAGAAGGUUAUAAUGCAGGAAAGAAUUUAUUGGUCAGUCAGGUGCGCACAAAGUACUUCCUAUGGGUUGAUGACGAUUUUGUUUUUACCAAUGAUACCAUCUUGGAACGCUUUGUAGAGAAGCUGGAAUCCUCUACAGCUGAGUUAGACUUAGUGGCUGGACUCAUAUUACAUCACGGUAAUGUUGUUGAAGACUUUAGUGAAAAAGCAUGGACCGACGUUGCGUAUGCUAGAGGAAACGGCAGUGGGUGUCUCAUUAGAAGAAGAACUCCAGUUGUAACACUCAAAGAAUUUCCGAAUUGUAAACUGAAAGACAUGGUUAUAAAUUUCUUCAUGGCAAAGACAGAGGCAGUUCGAAAGGUCGGGUUUGAUUUAACGUUUGAAAGAUUUGCUCAUCGAGAGUUUUUUGUAGAUGCUCUCGGUUUUUUACGAAUCGCUCAAUGUGAUGAUGUCAUCAUCCUGCACAGACGAGAAAAUUCACAUCGGUAUAGUGUUACUAGGUAUAUGAAACGUGACAGACAAGGUGUUACACGAUAUGCAAAACGUAUACUGUUUAAAAAUAAUCUUCAGUGCUUUCAGUCCUGGGAAAAGAUUUUUGUUCAAGCCAAGAACAAUAUUAAAUAA